AUGCCCGCCCCAGGACGGGCAACCUCUGCCAUUCCCGCCGCCGCCAGGCGGACGGGCUUGCGGCAACCGACUCGACGAGCCGGCUCCGCAGUUCCCGAUCGACAAGCAUCACCAGCGGUUUUCGCAAAACCAGCUGCCUCCUCAAUUGCGCGUGUACAAAAAGCAAACCCGGAUCAGCCUAGCACGAUCAGCAAGCGAAAAGAUAGAGAAUUCGAACGAGAGAUUAACGAAGAUACGAGCAUCCACGUGGUGGUGCGCUGCCGGGGCCGUAAUGAGCGAGAGAUCAAGGAUAACUGUGGCGUUGUACUCUCUACUGAGGGUGUGAGUGGAAAAAACUUGGAUCUAUCCAUGGGACCCAAUGCGCUUUCAAACAAGACCUAUGCAUUCGAUAAGGUCUUUUCGCCAGCAGCCGACCAGACCAUCGUGUACGAGGGGGUGGUUCUUCCGAUCCUGAAUGAGAUGCUCGCCGGAUACAACUGUACAAUUUUCGCAUAUGGGCAGACGGGAACCGGAAAAACAUACACCAUGUCUGGAGACAUGACUGAUACCCUGGGGAUACUGUCAGAUGAUGCUGGCAUUAUACCGCGCACACUUUAUUCUCUUUUCCACAAACUCGAAGAUACCGAAAGCACGGUCAAGUGCUCUUUCAUCGAACUAUACAAUGAGGAAUUGCGAGAUCUCCUUGCGGCCGACGACAACACGAAGCUCAAGAUCUACGAAAAUGAGAAGAAAGGCCACCUUGGUACAUUGGUUCAAGGCAUGGAGGAAACCUACAUUGACUCGGCGUCAACUGGUAUCAAGCUACUGCAAAUGGGCAGCCACAAGCGUCAGGUGGCCGCGACAAAGUGCAACGAUUUAAGUUCGCGCAGUCAUACCGUCUUCACGAUCACUGUUCUCAUCAAGCGCACAACAGAGUCUGGUGAAGACUAUGUGAGCUCUGGCAAGCUGAACCUAGUGGACUUGGCGGGAAGUGAGAACAUUGGCCGAAGUGGUGCUGAGAACAAGCGAGCAACCGAGGCUGGCUUGAUCAACAAGAGUUUGCUGACACUUGGACGGGUUAUUAACGCUCUGGUGGACAAGAGUUCGCACAUCCCCUACCGGGAGUCGAAGCUGACCAGGCUACUGCAAGAUUCUCUGGGCGGUCGAACAAAGACAUGCAUUAUUGCGACAGUUUCACCCGCAAAGACCAACCUGGAGGAGACAAUUUCGACCCUCGACUAUGCUUUCCGGGCCAAAAACAUUCGCAACAAACCACAGAUCAACUCCAUUGUGUCCAAGAACAAGCUUCUUCGUGAGAUUGGCAUGGAGAUUGAGAAGCUCAAGAGUGAGCUCAUUGCUACGCGGCACCGUAAUGGUGUCUACAUGACGCCAGAUGCCUACGAAGAGAUCACCACGGAAAGCGAAUCGCGACGAAUUGUCAACGAGGAACAACGAGCCAAGAUCGAGUCCAUGGAAUCAAGUCUGCGACACAAGGUUCAAGAGCUGUUUACCCUCACGGCCAACUUUAAUACAUUGAAGCAGGACAACGAGAACACCCAAGCCAAGCUCAAGAGCACACGAGGCAUCCUUGAGCAAACAGAGUCUAGCCUCAAGAACACUUCGGAGAAGCUAGAUGAAGAAACUGUAUUGAGAAAAGCUCACCAAGCCACGGAAAAGAUGCUUCGUGAAAUUGGCGCUGGCCUGUUGUCUAGUUUGGAUACCACCGUUGAAGAUAUCAAUGGGUUACAUGCCAAAAUCGACCGCAAGGACAACCUCGAUUUUGAAAACCGUCAAACGUGGGAGGCAUCCGCUGGCGAGGUCUCUAAUGUCACUCAGCAGAUUGAUGCGCGCAUGGAAAGCUUCCAGGGUCAGCAUGCGGAACUUCUAGAGACCAUGACCAGCAGGAUACACCAGUUUAUCGGGGACGAGCUCGAUGCUGUCCAGUCUACUCGGUCUCAGCUUCAGGAGUUUGCAGUAUCCUUUGACAAAGUUGAAGCCGAUGCGAAGAAGCAAACCUCUAGUGCGCAUGACGAGAUGAAUGAGGUUCUCGAGGAGAUCAAAGUUCUCCGCGAAGAUGUCAAGACCAAGGUUGGCGAAGGCCUGAACGGGCUCUCGGCUGCGGCUGCGCGAAUCUCAAAGGAAGUCAUUGGCGAGUUCUCUGAGUUUCACUCUCAGCUUCACGCGUCGUACAGCUCCUUGGGCAAGGACUUCAAGUGCAUGUUCGAGAAUAUGGCGUCGCAUCUGGAACAGCAAAAGUCUGAGGUCAACAAGCUGCGACUUGAGCUUCAAGAGGCCAACCGUCAGUCAGUAGAGGCCAAUCGCAAGGCCUCCUCGAAUCUGGCACAGAUUAUGGAAGAAGAGCAGGCAAAUGCUCAGGCGGAGCGGGAAUCCCUGAUGUCAAAGAUUCGGCACCUAUUGGAGGAGUCCAAUCAACGACAGUCUGCUCACCUCAAGAGCAAGUGUGAGACUGUCCGCACUGAUAUUUCGGCAUCUGGUGACUCCCUGGAGCAAGCCACUGCGCAAUAUGACCGACACAUCGACGAAUGGAUCUUUAAGGAAGAGCAAUUCGCGAAAGACGUCACCGCAUCCAAGGAUGAUAUCAAAACCAAGAUGCAGAAUGAUUGGGAGACUUUUGAUCAACGGAAUGCUUCGAUUCAGCGGGCUACCGAGUCGGUGCACCAGGAAACUGUGCGGAUUGUUGAUGCUCAGAUGAGCGACAUGAGCAAGCAAAUGGAAGCCCUGGAUGACUUUGUCGCCAAGGCACGAUCUCACAACGGCCGCUUCCAUGAUGCACAGCUCGGUAGCCUGGAUGCCAUGGCCACCAAUAGUCAGCAAUCCCGUACAUCAGUCCAGGAACAAUUGGAUGGCUUAUAUGGACGUGUUGGCCAGCUCCAGGAGGAUGUCGACAUGCAUACGGAACAUCUCGAGCAGGCGACUGCGCCUCUUCAUGAGGAGGUCCGCCAGCCACUGUCCGAACUUCGUGACAGUAUCCAGAGCCACCCCAUGAAGGAGUAUAUUCCAACCGGAGUGACCCCCAAGAAGCGAAAGUACGAGUAUAGCACGGAUCUGCCUCGUACCGAGUCGCAUGAGGGAAUCCGGUCCCGACACCGGACUUCCAAGCAAUUCACUGCUCUUCCCUUCAGUGAGGAGGCUCAGCUCGCCCCUAUUCCCAGCUCCCCAGUCUCUUCACCAUCCAAAGGCUUCGUUUACAGCGACGCCGCGGAAGAGGUAGGGACUCACCCUUCAUCAUCCGGAAUGAAUUCCUCCAACACUGGCCUUAGGGAAGUCGAUUUAAACGUCGCCAAACAACACGCGCAUGACGCUGAAGACGACAAUGCACCCGCCGCCAACUCUGAAACCCCUGUCCCCGCCCCUUCCAUGGACUUGAGCGACACCCCCGAUCACGACGAACCGGAGCAGCCUCCUUUGAAGCGUCACCGCUCUGCCUCCAGCAACACCCCCGUCGAGACUAAGCUGCCGCAGAAGAUGCUGUCCAAGAGAAUGGCUGGCAUGAUGGAAGGCCGAGAGAAUGUGCCUCCGUCUGCUAUUGCCGGUGGACGCAGAUAUAGGAAUCGCAACGCCGAAUAA